AUGAGUGAUGCUGCCGGGGGCGGCGGCGGAGGAGGAGAAGCGCAGAGCCACCGCGGCUCCUCCGCCAGCGGGAGCAGCGGCUCUCCCUCGCCCGGGCGGCGGCGGCGGGGCGCGCCGGCGGGCGGCGGGCCGGGGGCGGCCGGGGGGCCUGGGGCCGGCGGGGCUAGCAGUAUGCCGGCGGGCGAGGGGGACAAGGAGAAGGCGGCGCCGCCCGCUCGCCCUACCGCCCUGCUGCGGUGGGACGAGGUGCCCGAGGACUUCGUGGAGUGCUUCAUCCUCUCGGGCUACCGGCGGCUGCAUUGCUCGGCGCAGGAGUGCCUGGCCUCGGUGCUUCAGCCCACCAACGAGACCCUCAACUUCUGGACCCACUUCAUCCCGCUGCUGCUGUUCCUCAGCCGCUUCGGGCAGCUGCUGCUGCUGCGGGGCGCCGGGGACGUGCCCUUCCACCACCCGGCCCUGCUGCCCCUCUGGUGCUAUGCCUCGGGGGUGCUGCUCACCUUCGCCAUGAGCUGCACGGCCCACCUCUUCAGCUGCCUCUCCCCGCGCCUCCGUGCCACCUUCUUCUACCUGGACUAUGCCUCCAUCAGCUACUAUGGCUUUGCCAGCACCGUGGCCUACUCCUACUACCUGCUGCCAGGGCUGAGCCUGCUGGACGCCAAUGCCAUGAGCCGCUACGUGCAGCAGCGGCUGGGCUGGCAGCUGGACUGCAGCUUGGCCAUCGCGGCCUACCGUGCGCUGGUGCUGCCCGUGGCGCUGGCGCUGGCUGUGGGCUGCACAGCUGCCUGCUGCCGCAGCCGGGCCGCGUGCUGCGCCUACCCCUUCGCCGUGCGCACCUUCGUCUUUGCCAUGCCGCUGAGCAUGGCCUGCCCCAUCAUGCUGGAGAGCCUCCUCUUUGACCUCCGUACUCGCAACCCCACACUCUUUGUCUACUUCUACAGGCGCUACUGCUGGCUGCUGGUGGCCGCCUUCUUCAACGUCAGCAAAAUCCCUGAGCGGAUCCAGCCGGGGCUCUUUGACAUCGUGGGGCACAGCCACCAGCUCUUCCACAUCUUCACCUUCCUCAGCAUCUAUGACCAGGUGCACUAUGUUGAGGAUGGGCUGACUGAGUUCCUCAAGGCACCCUUGGCAGUCCCCACUUACCUGGGCACUGUGGGCUAUAUGCUGCUCCUGACGCUCUGCCUGGCUGUGGUCGUCAGGAGGUUCCUCAAUGUCGCAGACCUCUGCAAGCAGGAUUAA